UUAGAGAGAGGAUCAAGGAGAGGAAAGGAAGAAAGUUUGAUAAGCGGUCGGAGGAAAUGUGUGCCGUGUUUGUUUAGGUCCAGGCCAGCCAGUAUCUUUAUAUUUAAGGCUAUGAGUGUAAGAGAGGCACAGAAGCGCUAUGUGUCCACCCUCAGGAUCCAGCUGUCAGCACCCACAUCUGGAGAAGGCAAAGGACAGAGGUGCGAGAACUCGAACCGUAUCAUCGUUACCUCAAAGAAGAGCCAAGAGAGAGAAUUCAGCUCGGACUCAAGCAGGAACACACAGAACCACAGAACACACUCGUCCUACUCAUCUCAGCCUCGUUCCCCUUUGCUGAAAGACGGGUGCCUGAAGUCGCCUCUGGGAGACGACAGUGUGUUCAGAGGAUUGCAGUCACCACAGACAGGAAGUCCUCAGACACAGAGUCCAAAAUACACGACAGAAUUACCAGUGAAAAGGAGAAGUAGUUCAAGUACAGGUCCGUCUCUACAGAUUGUCCCCUCCUGUGAUCAGGUGGAAGUGUCUGUGGGUGAGACAGCACGUUUAAGCUGUGUGUUUAAAGGCAGUCCGCCCAUCGUUUCUUGUUGGACCCGCAACAAAAGAGAGGUGGUUGAAGACGGCAGGCACAGUGUAGAGAGCGACAGUGAAAGCAGCUCGCUGGUCAUCUCUGAGACUCAACCUGAAGAUGCUGGACGAUACACACUAGUCGUACGAGAUCGAAAAAGCUCUGCCCAGUAUACCCUCGCACUGUCGAUCAUCGAGAGACCCCAGCCUCCUGCCUUGUGUCCAACAGCGGUCGUGCUUUCAUCACAGUCCCUGAUCCUCUCCUGGUCAGGACCAUGUUAUGACGGGGGCUCGGUGGUCACCGGGUACGUGGUGGAGUUUCAGCCUGUGUGUCCGGCGGAAUCCGGAGACUGGGGUGAACUAGCCGGCAGUGAGAGCACAUCACUCACGGUGAGCUCUGGACUCCAGACCGACGGACAGUACCGCUUCAGAGUCAGAGCCGUUAACGCUGUGGGACUCAGUGACCCCAGUCCAGAAACUUCCGUGAUCAGCAUGGACCACGGUCCAGAAAUGCAGCACGAAGAGAAGUUAAAUCAAUACGUGACCAUUACUAUAGACGAUGUACACAAAGUCACUGACCACUACAAUGUACUGGAGAAACUGGGAGUAGGGAAGUUUGGUCAGGUGUUUCGGCUGACCCAUAAGGAAACGGGCCACGUGUGCGCCGGAAAGUUUUACAAGGGGCGACGGGCGAGAGAGAGAGAGGCGGCCAAGAAAGAGAUCGAGCUGAUGAACUCUCUCCAUCAUCCCAAACUGGUGCAGUGCCUGGCAGCGUACGAUAACAAGCCUGAGAUUGUGAUGGUCAUGGAGUUCAUUGCAGGUGGGGAGCUUUUCGAGCGCAUCGUGGAUGAUAAUUUUGUGCACACGGAGCUGGCGUGUGUUGAUUACAUGCGUCAGAUCCUGCAGGGUGUUCAGUACAUGCACCAGCAGAACAUCGUCCAUCUGGAUCUGAAACCUGAGAACAUCGUGUGUGAGAACAGAACCGGCUUCAGGAUUAAAAUCAUCGACUUUGGGCUCGCCAGGAAACUGGACCCCUCCACUUCUUUGAAGGUGAUGCAGGGCACCCCUGAGUUUGUAGCUCCGGAGGUCAUCAACUUUGAACCCGUGUGUCUGGCCGCAGAUAUGUGGAGCAUCGGAGUCAUCUGCUAUAUACUGUUGAGUGGUGAAUCUCCGUUUCAGGGGGACAGUGACCCAGAGACUUUGGCUCUUGUAACAGCAGCUCAGUGGGAGUUUGAUGAGGAGAGUUUUGAUGACAUUACAGACCAGGCCAAAGACUUCAUCACCUCUCUACUACAGAAAAAUGUCAGGCACCGGAUGUCCUGUGAAGAAGCUCUGGCUCAUUCCUGGAUGGUACCGUUUGAAUGUACAGAUUCUUGUAAUACCAAGAAUCUCUCUAAAGACAAGAUGAAGAAGUUUCUUGCCAAGCAGAAGUGGAAGAAAACAGGUAAAGCCGUGCUGGCGUUGAAAAGGAUGGCUAUGCUGUCGAAAUCAGAUGGAUCUUCAUCUCUGACCAGUCCUGUAGAUGACACACCGGAUGUUCUAAACAUUCUGGAGAAGAAGAUGCAAUCCAAGCCUGAAUUAAUUAUUGCUCCGUCCAGCCUGUCUGUAUAUGAGGAUGCAACAGCACAGCUCUGCUGCCAAGUCACCGGUUACCCAGACCCUGACGUGAUGUGGCUGAGGGAUGGAGAGGUGCUGCAUGAAAAUGAGGGCAGUGUACAGGUGGAUUAUGAGGACGAUGGGACGUGCAUCCUCACACUGGGCAGCGUUUCUCUUCAGGACAGUGGCACGUACACCUGCAGGGCCACCAACGCCCAUGGGGAAGCGAACUGCUCCGCCAGACUUACUGUAGUGAGACGGGACAAAGACUAUACGUACAAAAGAAAUACGUACAAACACAAAUAAAGCAAAAAUGUUUAAUUAUUAAUAUUAAGAAAAAACACUGGUCCGCUUUAUCACAUGAAAGUUAGACUGUGAACAUUAACAAUGCGCUAGAUAUAAUAUGACUAGAAUUGAUACUGUGAUUAAUCAUGAUGCAAUUUGUUUUUCUGUACAUAUCACUUCUAUUCAGCUGAUUAAAAGUAAAUGUUUUUUUAAUAAAUUGAAAUAGUUUGUC